AUGUCGAAGAAUGAGACUCAAGAGGAAUAUCCGAAAGACUCUUUUGAUAGAUAUGGCGAUGACUUGUGUGGACUCCUAUUGUCUUAUUUAUCACUCAAAGACUGUCUCAGAUUUGAAUGUCUGUCCAAACAGUGGCAGCGAUUGUCACAAAUGGGAAAAAUGAAAGCCUUUUCUCUGACCACUUCCUCGUCAGUGAAGAAAGUGUUGGGAAAGAAAGAUAUCGAGAAACAGAAGAAGAUCGCCGAAGAAGAGGCGGCCGCUAAG